AUGGCAAACCAAGUGGCCAUGAUGCAUCCACUACUUGAACCGCCCACCUCGUCGGUGCAUCCCUACCACCCGCACCACUGCCGAGAUCUCGCUUUGCAAAAGUACCUCUUCCUCCACGAGCAACAUGAGUCUCUGCGGCAGCACCUAGACGAACUACGCCCGACUGCUCGCCAGCAGUCCAUCUGCGCCCCGAUCUCGCCCAGCCCGUCUACAUCUCCUUCUCGCGGGACUAUCUCGCCCAGAUCACUUCGACCCCAACAGCAACAACACGACGCCCGGUCACCACAACCCAGCUUUUCGUUACCCGCAAGGAAAGCUUCCUGCUCGCUCGAUGGGCAUCAUCAGCACCAACACCCCGAGGAGCACGACAGCGAAGUGGCUGUUGAAGAGGCUAGGCUGUGCGAUGUUGCCGAGGGUAUGAAGCGCGCGUUGACAGAGUUGCUCAACUGCGAAACGGUCCGCAGCGACCGCACGUUUCGCACCUGGGUCCAAUGCCGGCUCAUGGACACCGAACGAGAGCUACGUAGCGGCAGGCGACGCCGUAGCGCACCAGGCCUGUGA